AUUUUGUUUCAUUUCCAGUAUGCGUUUAACUUUGAAGUUUAGUAUUAUAUAGGUGUAUAUACAAUAACAUUCACUCAUUCAUUCAGACAAUCAUGCAAUCCAGGGCUGCCAGAUCGUAUAAUUCAAUACGAAUUCUGUAAAAUCGGACUGCUUAUUGUAUUUAUUAUGUAUAUACGAAAGGACAAGGGAUUAACAGAGACGGAUUGCCAAGUUGAUAAUAGGUGAUACGGUGGCGGUUAGAGUGGUUUUUCUUUUUAGGCUCUGACAAUUUGAUCGGUUGAUGUACUGUAUGAUUGCCUCUUUGGUGUUUGUUAAUCUGAGAGACGUCAAAUAUCAAAUAUUUAUUGUAGGUCCACAAAAUACUUAACAGGGUUAAUACCCCUGUAAACCUAAUUAAAUACAAUUGAUAAAAUUUAGGUAAUAAACUCUUUUUUUUUUGUGCUGUUUCGGCGGUAGUUAUUAACAGAAUUUAGUUAUGUACCUACUACUUACUAAAUACAUGUUGGUUUUUGAGAUAGGUAAGUAAGAAAAAAAUCGGGUAUGAUCGUUUCCAUAUAAUGUAAUCGAAUUUCGUAUAAUUUUGACUGUGGACUGUAUAAUCAAGAUUUAUGUACUGGCAGCCCUGAAUCAAUCAGUCAUCUUUUUUUGCCGUCGCGAAAGGAGUCGUCUGCCAAUUGCAAAAAAUAUUGUUAAAAAAUAAAAUAUGAUAUGCAAUACGAUAUAUAGUGGGUUUUGGCUGUGAAUGGUCUUAAUGUUUCCAAUUUUGGCUUGUAAUGAGAGUGGAUAUUGUGUGUAGUUUGUCAAAUAAAUGACUGGGGAAGCGGCUGUCAGUGAUAUUGAUUUAUUUUUCAAAGAAGUUCAAACAUGAGCGGUGGUUUGAGGAUGAAGGGGUGCGUGUGAUGAGUGAGCUGUCGUUCGUGAAGAGAAGGAUCUCGUGGAAAUGCCGGGGAGUGGUAGAAUGAGCGGCCAAGAUGAAGACUAAGAGUUUCCUGCUGUUUUCUACGUCGGUGUUCGCGACCAGUCUGUUCCUGAUAGUGUUCCACUCGCAGCAGCCGCAGUCCAUCCAAAAUAUUGUGUCGCAGACGCAUCAGCAUAUCAAGGACUUCCAGGUUGUUUCCCCACAGGACAACCUUCGAGAUGUGGAAGAGAACCACUUGGUUGAAGAGGAGCGGUACCUCAAGAUCCUCGGUCUCUCAGGGCAUGUGGAAACCUGGCACAAUACGACAGUGCCGGUAAUAGUGACACAUGUCCGGGAUGACUCUGCUAUGGCUGUGAGCUUCGUGAGGGCAGCAGCAAGGCUGCCUUAUACUGUGUUGCUGUACAAUUUAGGAUUAAAACCCAACUCAUUGGCUGUGGUGUCGAGCUACUGCAACUCCUCGCGUUGUGCAGUCAUCGACUUCGACCUGGAGGCUUUCCCUUCCCACGUCAGCGACGAGAGCAUCACAGCAUAUCGCCCGCUAAUCAUACAGCACGCGUUAUCCCGCGUAGGCGGCGUCAUCUUCGCCGAACCCAACCAACGCUGGACGGGCUCGCCAGCCUCUCUCAGUGCUUUAUGGACGCGAGCGGCACACUCUGGCGUUCUGGCGUACCCUAGACGCGCCGCUGUGACGUCAUUCACUCAUCCGCGCAUGUUUCAUUACUUAAACGCGGCGCUAGAUGACUUCCUCUUUGUGCAAAUGUUGGAGCUCACAAGGUUGUUGGUAGCGGACACGCCGGCGGUGAAGGAGGUGAUGCGGCCGUGGGUGCAGUGCGCGCUUACGCAGGACUGCAUCAUGCCUAUAGGGGCUCAAGCGGCAGGCGGGUGCCGUUUCGACAAGAAGCCGCAGUACCGGUACUCGGGCUGCCACGGGCAGGACGCGUCGGCCCUCAGCAUCAUCCUCGGGCUGCGCUCGGGCUUCGAGGAGAGCUCGUACGCGCCGCGCGCCGCCGCGCCCUGGCGCCGCGAGGAGCCGGCCGCCGCCGCGCGCGCGCUGGCCGCCGCCCUGCGCAACGCCACCGACGACGCGCGCACCGACCGCGCCGACAGGCAGGUUAGCUUGCCCGUGCCGUAGGGAACGAGACCUGUAUGUCAGUGCAAACUAUCUGUGUACCUAUAUUGGAACUGUGUGGAAUGAACAAAAAUCUAUCUAAAAGUAAAGUUAGCGCUUCAAAAGAAAACUGCGAACGCCAGGACGGACCUUACUAAGACAGGUUAGCUUGCCGCAACGGUAGAGAACUCAACCUGUAUGUCAAUACAAAGUAUCAAUGCUUAGUUUACCUAUAUUGAACCCGUGUGGAAUGAUGAAAAAAAGCUAUCUAAUUCUCGCGGGGCGUUAACGCUCCAGAAGAAUGCCACGGAGGAGGCCAGGACGAACCGUAGUGAGUGGCAGGUUAGCUUGCCACGACAUUAGGGCUUAUCAUGUAUACAAUGCAAUUAUCAAAGCUUAGUUUAUUGAAGCUGUGGCCUGGAUAGAUACAAGCUAAUACUCGCGGGGCCUUGGCGCUCCAGAGGAAUGCUAUGGAAAAUGCAAGAACUGAUUAUAGUAAGGGAUGAGUUAGCUUACUGCAACCACACUAGAAACUUAGCCAAUGCUAGAGUUUAUCAAUGCUUAAAUAAACAACCCCAAUACAUUGAAGCUUUAGUAGCUUCAGCUUUUUUUACAAGAGAAUGCUAUGGAAGUCGCGUCGCUACAUACCGGAAAACCCAUGCUAGCGACGGCUACAACCGUAGUUCAACAGUGAAUUAUUUAAGACUCCUCUAAUACACACAGGAUCUCAAGGGUGUCCAUAAAAACAUCGGUUUUACGCUAGUCUCACCUUCACGCCAUAAUGUGCAUAGAACAUCACACUCUCAUAUUAUAAUAGCAAUAUUAUCUUAGAUUGCGACUCCAUCACAGAUGUGCGAAGAUGCGUAGCGAGGGAUGUCUUUAUUCAGAGCUAAUAGAAUCACUCAAAAUCCUCGCUCGAAACAGCUCUAGUGGGUAAUAUUUUAUUACUUCUUAACUCGUCACUCGCUAAGCAUCCUCGCACAUCUGGUGGGAACGGAGCACUAUACUGGCGUUUAUACUUGAAGUGAUAAAUUUAAUCUUUAUUAGUAAUUUUUUUGUACUAACAGCAACACACUUAACUCGCCUAUAGUAAACCUUAUCUCGUUGCAUUAAGGUUCUCGAAAGGUCAGUUGACAGUGUGAACGAUACGAUACUAAUAAAAUAUUGUAGGGAGUUAGGACUACGGUCAGGGAAGUUAAAGAAAACAAGGCGGUCAAAUACACCUGACGCAUAAGGCUGUGACGAAAUAGCUAUGGAAAACUGAAAAGUAAAUGUUUCUUUUCUUCGUCUAUUUCAAAGGUAAAGAAUCUAGAACUUAUUGGAUUCCAAGGGCAUUCACAAUAGAUCACUGAUUGAUCGAAGUGGCACUCAAAGGCCCGCAACACCCCAAAUAAUAAUAAUCUGUGAGCGCCCGGUAUACUACAGAUAUUUUUAUUGGCGUUCUAGUUUUUGCGCCUAAUUCCAGUUUGCAAGGCUGCUUCUUUCAAAUGUUGGAGUACUAAGACGUGUACAGUAGUGCAAAAUGCUGUUGCUAACAAUGUGUCGGCUGGAGUAGAUCGGCCGUGUCGUACGUAUCAGCCGAUACUCAAUAAGGGGUUCUUAUAGAUUUUUAUACACGUUCCAUUGUUUAAAAAAUAUCUAUAAGAAGAUAGUUUCAUUGAGAGAAUCACCAUUUUCGUUUCUCCCCCACCAAUCACAUUUGAAGAUUAUACUGUUUAGUGUUUAGUACACGACCCUAUUGUGUUUACUAGAGAUGUAAAUACGUGUAAAUUGUAAAUUUUAUGCAAUGUUUAAUGCAAAUUCCGCGUUGCUUUAGUUAGUAAAUAUAUUCAGUAUUGUUCUAUCUUCAUUGUUGUCGUUUCUAUUAUCUUAGACUUAUUGACAACUGUCACUUGUAUUGUAAUGUAAUCUGAAUGUAAUCACGCUCCAAUGCCAGGCACCAGGUUCCCAUACAAAAAGCAGUGGUGGCCUUACGGAUAUAAAUUGUGGGUUGUGGGAAUAGAUGCAACGUUAUAUGCUUAGGAAAACUUAAAUCGUGGCGUGAAAGUCGAAAAAAAAUGCUGUAUCGCUGAUGUAAGUGAAUUUAAUUUAUUGAAUAUUUUGGAGCUGUUGCGUAA